CAAUGAUAUAUCAUUAUAUCAAAAAUCAAUACGAUUCAUUCCACCCUUCUCUUUCCUUCAUUAUAUAAAAGAACUCCAUUGUUGAAACCAAAAAAAAAAAAAAAAUUCAGCUUGAUGGGUGUUGAUGAUUCAUGUAAUACGGGCCUUGUUCUUAGUUUAGGCUUCUCAUCAACCCUACAAACACCAUCCAAACCCUACAACAAAAACCCAUCUUUUCUCAAGCUUGAACCAAACGAUGAACCGUCGUUGACGUUGGCUCUCUCCGGCGUCGCCCGUGGCGUGAAACCAGCUUCGCCUCUUAGCUGUGUUUCUUCGUUUUCAAGUGGUAAUAAACCCAAAAGGGAACGAGAACUUAGCAGUGAUGAAGAUGAAGAAGGUACUGUUAAUGGAAGAAAGAAACUUCGUCUCUCUAAAGAACAAUCUUCCCUUCUUGAAGAAAGCUUUAAACAACACAGCACUCUCAAUCCCAAGCAAAAACAAGCAUUAGCAAGGCAAUUAAACUUGAAACCUAGACAAGUUGAAGUAUGGUUUCAAAACAGGAGAGCAAGGACAAAGCUGAAGCAAACUGAAGUGGACUGUGAGUUUUUAAAAAAAUGUUACGAGACAUUAACAGAUGAAAACAGGAGACUACAAAAAGAAGUUCAAGAACUCAAAGCACUGAAAUUAGCAGCUCAUCCGUUUCACAUGCAAGCGGCUACCCUCACCAUAUGUCCGUCUUGUGAAAGAACCGCCGCCUCCGGCAGUGUUAUCAACGGCGAUGGGAAUUCCAAGAACCUAUUUUCAUUGGCUUCCAAGACUCACCAUCUCUAUAAUAAUCCCUUAACCAAUCCUUCUGCAGCAUGUUGAAGAGACCCCAACAAGGGCUUUGUAGUGAAUUAAUUAAUUAGUCAAUUAUUUUAAUUUGUAGAAAUAGAAAAAAAAAGUAUAAUUAGAACACGUUUGUAAAUAAUAUAAGAUACAGUAGUUGUAUGUAUGAAGGGAUUAUGUUUGUAGUUAUUAUUGAUUCUUUUAUUUAAUGGUAUACUUGUUUAUAUCAAAA